CGCAGGCGCAACAAAGCCGCCGCUCGCUUCCCGCCUUUCGCGCCUCAGGUCUCUCGCCUUUUCGCUUCGCCGCCUUCCUGAGGGAACGAUGGCCCCGACCUGCCGCUGAACGCUGCUGCGCUCGCCAUGGCGGAGUCCUUGCUCCCUCUGCCCGGGUUGUCGCUGCGGGAGGAACCGCUGCCCGGUCCGGGCGCCGCCGAAGGAGAGGCCGAGCUGUCGCUGAGCUUGGCGCGCACCAAAACGCGGUCGUACGGCAGCACGGCCACGGUGGUGGCUCCCUUGGCGGAGCGGUACGUGGAGCACUGCCUCAGCCCCGGAGACACCUUGCCGGGCCUGGCGCUCAAGUACGGCGUAACGAUGGAGCAAAUAAAAAGAGCAAAUAAACUUUUUACAAAUGACUGCAUAUUUCUUAGAAAAACAUUAAAUAUCCCAGUUAUACUGGAAAAGGCUUUGUUGUUUAAUGGAUGCAACUCACUGGAAUCCCCAGAGGAUGAUAUUGACAAUCUUACUCCUUGCGAAGAAAGUCCCAUGACAGUUCAGGAAGACAACUCUUCCCCCAGUCCUCAAGAAUCUGACAAUCGACUUCCCCCACCUGAAGAACUCUCUGCCAAAGAUUUUCUGCAUAGAAUGGACGUGCAGAUUAAAUUGUCCAAACAAGCAGCUAAGAAAUUAAAAUCUGAAGAUAACAGGGAAUAUGAUGAGGAAAAUUCCUAUGCAAUUUCUUCCUAUCAGCAGUAGAAAAUGGAUAAAGAUCUGGAAUGAAAGCAGUUCUUAAAGAACUAAAUAUUUGAAGAUUCAGAAUAUUUUUUGAAUUGAUAAUAUUAUACUUGUUACAAAUCA